AAAUGUAAUCAACGACUUAAAUCAAAACACGCGGAUCCUAAAACAAACAUAAUUUACAAAUAAAAACCGAAAGUAACAACCAUAUCGUACAGCUGCUAUAAAUCUAUAGAAAAUGCUCUCACAAAUCACCUGUUGAGCUGAACUAGUCACAAGUAGGUGCAACACUCAUCAACAUCAAUUUCAAUUCAAUAAAUCAAAAGCUUAUGUGUCAUUUCAAAAACCUAAUGGGACUAUGAAUGAGAGAGUUCAGUAAAUAACCGAGCAACGGGAAUAAAUCAAUUUUAUUGCAAUUUAAACAUUUCUUCUCGUCGAAAUUAAACAAAAAAAAAAACAUUUAUUGUUGUCAUGCCGAGAGAUCCAUUCAUAUUCAAUUUCAUAUUGAAUACAUUCUUCCGUCCAACCGAAACGACAUCGCAACGCAUGUUUUAUAUUUGACCAUUUCUCUUUUUCGUUUACUCAAAAAAAAACUUUUUAUUUUUUUACAUUAUCCGAUGGAAAAACGAGGUUAAUAAUACACAGCUUAUAUGCCUCAUCUCUUUUCAUUUUUGUUACAACAAUCGACUCGGAUACAGUUGAUAUAUACUCAGGCUUACUUUACUAGAGCCUCUUCGGUCGGUUGGAAACGAUUUUCGCGAGCCAGCAUUGGUUCGAUUAUAACUCAUCACCUCUUAGCUCAACAGUCGGUCAGAGGAAAAAGAGGUAUCAAGUGAAUUGUGAUAUACGGCAAUAAUUUGUUUUUCUUUCCAUAUUCGUGUCGAUUUUGUCCAUGUGAAUAGAUAAUUCCCUCGGUGUUUAUUAAGAUAAAACAAAAAAAAGAUAGAAAAAAACGGCAAAAUACUUCAAUGAGACUAUAAACUAUCGAUUUUAAUGUUUACCGCAAUUCGGAAUAUUAUCGUACAUGUACACAACAUAGACAUUAUAUUAAAGUGAAUGUCGUUUAUAUUAUUGUUGGAUCAAAGAUGUUAAUUUUAUUCGUCACGUUUAUCAUAAUGAACUCGAUAAACAUCAGUUCGGCUGGCGAGACGCCAAAACAAAACGAAGUGAUAGAAAGUACAAUGCUGACAAAAGUGAUUCAUAAUAUUGGUGAAUUAUUUUACGGACCUGAAAUCGAAGGUUCACGAACGUUCGCCCGAAUCAAAAAGUUACAGGCGGCUUUAUUACCCAUUAUGUUCAAAUUGGGCGUUAUGGCAACUGUCGUCAAAAUUAUACUCUUACUUUCAUUGAAAGCAGUGUUGAUUGGCAAACUUCUGUUAUUCAUUAACGUUGGUUUUAUCAUUGCGAAACUCGCAACAUGGAAAGCACAAGAACAUCACCAUGGAUGGCAACAGCCUUCAUGGUCUGGACCGUGGCAAUCACCUAGCUGGUAUCCACCACCACAGCCAAUUCAUGUGCAUAUACACAGUCAUGAUAAGGAGCCGCCUCACCCACAUUACUCCGAACAUGAUCAACCACAUUACAAAGAAAAUGAUCAACCAUACCUUCCAUAUUCCAGUCCCAACAAUUCGCCAUCACUCGGACAUUAUGAUAGGCUUGAUAUUGGGCCGGUUAGCAAGUCAAGCAGUUAUGCUGAACAAUAUUCAGAUCGAAAUCCACAGAGAUACUAUGGGCGGAAGUAAUUUUUAAAUGUUUGAGGCUUGAGAGGGUGCCUGCGGAAUAAAUAAUUACCAGAAAUUUGCCAAAUAUAAUUAUAUACGACACUGUAAUGUAAAUCAGAAGAAUAUUGAGAUGGUUGGGUAUCCUAAAUGCCCGACUUGUUGCUUUUGUAAAGUAGUUUUUCCCACUUUGUAUUUGUACUUAAUUUACUGCAGCCAAAUUGUUAUGUUCAUUUUAAAUAUUUAGUUUUUUAAUAGUUUAAUGUCCUGCUCAACGCGAAUUCCGGUAAGUUGAUUUCUAGUCAAAGUCAAGUACUGCUAAUUAGAGGUGCCGAAAAGAUUAUCUUCUUGUUGUACAUCAAUUUAAUUUAUUUAUUGCGUAGAUUUUAAAAUAGUUUUAGUGAAUUGAUUACCAGAUUAAAUAAAUGUUCAAGGGAUGCGGAAAAAA